AUGCUAACAGCAUGUCCCUAUGUCUUACAGAUCUGUGAUAAGGAGUGGCACUACUACGUGAUCAAUGUGGAGUUCCCUGCUGUGAUGCUCUUCGUAGAUGGCGUGAUCUAUGAACCCUACCUGGUGACCGACGAUUGGCCCAUCCAUCCCUCGUCAAUUGACACCCAGCUGACAGUGGGUGCCUGCUGGCAAGGUCAUUAUAGACUCCUGUAUAGGGUCCGGUGUCCAUACCAACUCUUUGUGACUCUGAGGCUGUCCUAAUAUCCCAGAAACACCUGCUUAUUGGUUUCGAUUGAAUAGGACUUUAGAUUGUCACACAGUCCAGGAAAGUGAUGAAACACUCCCGAAUUUAAGACUAAGAAUGCUUGUGUGUGUGUGUGUGUGUGUGUGUGUGUGUGAGAGAGAGGAAUAGAGAGAGGAGAGAGAUAGAUAGAGAGAUAGAGCGCGAUGAGACGAGCUAGUCGAGCGCGAUAGAUAGCGCUAGCAUAGAUAUGAUAGAUAGAGAGAGCAGAGCGCGCGCGCGCUCGCUGCGCUCUCUCUCCUCCUCUCUCUCUCUCUCGCUCGUCUCUACUCUCUAUCCUCUUUCUCUCUAUAGAGAGGCUCAAGCUUGGAAACAGGAAACAGGCUGUCAAUUCCAGCCGCUUGAAAAGAGGAGACUAAUGAAUCCAUUUGAAUGAAGAAGCACUACUUAACAUCGCUUUUAUGAUCAAGAUAAUAUUUAAAUAAAUGUGUUUGCUGGGGGAGAGAUGGAUACAGCUAAAUGGCAUGAGCCCAGCUCGAGGUCCAACGUCAACGGCAUUUCGGUGUCAUUUGAAUUUAUUUUCAUCUGGCUCCUGAUGGCAGUUCUCUUUUUUUCUCUUUUCCCUCUCUCUUUCCAUGAAUCUGUGAUUGUGUGAGAAAGCCCUGAAGAAGGGAUUAAGCCAGCCUGAAUAGAGUACAACUUCUCUGGCUAUUACAUCCCAAUGAAGCUGCUCUAAGCUUCACUAAGCCGCAACUGAUAACUUUGCAGACCAUUACUGAACAGGAUUGCCUUUCUCUAAUUUCAACCCCCCCCCCCCCCCCCCCCCCCCCCCCCCGCCAACCACCCUGAACCAUAGAACGUAAUGAAGAUAAUGAAGAGACACAAGGAAUGACAGGCCCCAGACCUGAUCUUAGCUCACCCAAAGCAAAACAAGAUGUGUGACUUGUGACUAGAGCAACAGAAAAUGGUUUGUUUUGUCCGUUUUCUUUGGGAAACCAUUUAUUGAAAUUGCUUUGAACGUUGCUCUUCUUAUGCAAAGUAGACAAACAAUUUUGCUGUGUAAUGUAACUACUAGGGAAGUUUAGGGCAGACCAACUCUGGCUGGCCUUAGGCCUACUGCAAUAGGAGCCUCUACUUAACCAUAAACAAAAUCCUGAACCUACUCUAAUUUCCUAAUACAGCAAGUUCAAACAAUCCAUUUGAACUUAAUUGCUAUCUUUCUCACUGCAGGUGUAAAUAUUAUGCAGCCAGGUGUGAAAAAAUAGCAUAUGCUAGCACUGAAGCCUACAUACUGAAUGUCUUCUUGUUCAAAUUCUCCUCUUUGGGGGGAUGAGACCGAAAUAAGCCGAAAACACAAUCUCGCUCUGCGCUUUGGUGCCACAACACUUAAUUGAUAACAUCUGUCUGGGAAAAUAUAAAAUUGUAAAAAAUCAGGCUGGUGCAGGCGGCGGCGAGAACACUUGAGUAUGUCAGCGUGAGACACAGCUCUGGGACCGUUAACGACUAGCAAACUGCCAGCACCAUCUGCCAGUGGAUCAAAGAAGAAAAACGCACACUUAUCUAAAAAAGACAACGUCGUUUUUUUAUUGAAGGUCUCGUGUCGCUCUGCUCUGAGCCCAAAUCAAGUCACUUUAAAAAUAGUGGGGAGAGCAGAUGGAAGCUGGUAUCAAAACUGGCUAGCAUUUCCAUAGUCACGCUACAGUCUUUAUUUCACAGUCCUGUUUCAGUUGGUAUUUACCUGAUGUUUAGGCCUACUAGGAAGUGAUGCGGUAACAAAGGUAACUCUGUGUUAGCCUUUGUUUAUAUAGGUUAGUCAUGUUGAAAGGUAAGUUUUAUAUAGGUUAAUCUCUUUUAUUAUAGUGUUAUUUCUAACUUCAACUAAGUAAAUAAAGUAAAAGACUAAGAAUGACUAAAGCAUGUUCCUACUAUUAUAAUAGAGGGAUGCUCCAUAUUGCUUUCACCUGCACUGUGCUUUCAGAUCAGAGCAGAUUAAGGAGAGGACAAGCAUUGUCCACCACUUGACUGUACAAUAUUGAGAUGCACCUUUGAACUGAAAAAACCCCAGGAUGUCUUCUCCUCCCUAGGUGGUGAGGUGUCCACCCCGCGGUUCACCCAGUACUUCCGGGGCAGUCUAUCAGGUCUGACCAUCCGGCCAGGCAAGAUAGAGACCCAGAAGGUCAUCUCCUGUCUACAGGCCUGUAAGGAAGGACUGGACAUCAACUCACUGGAGAGCCUGGGCAAGGAUAUCAAGGUGACAGCUCUUGGGAAAGACACUGGGGCAAACACACACAGAUACACUAUAUAUACAGAAGUAUGUGGACACCCCUUCAAAUUAGUGGUAUUUCAGCUACACCCGUUGCUAACAGGUAUAUAAAAUCGAGCAUACCGCCAUGCAAUCUCCAUAGACAAACAUUGGCAGUAGAAUGGCCUUACUGAAAAGCUCAGUGACUUUCAAUGUGGCACCGUCAUAGGAUGCCACCUUUCCAACAAGUCAGUUUGUCAAAUUUCUGGCCUGCUAGAGCUGCCCCAGUCAACUGUAAGUGCUGUUAUUGUGAAGUGGAAACAUCUAGGGCUGUAGCGGUCAUGAAAUGUUGUCAGCCAGUGAUGGUCAAGUAAAUAACUGCCGGUCUCACGGUAAUUUACCGUCAAUUAUCAUAAACACGUUUAGCAUCUCCUGGCUUCAAUGCACAGCCUACAAGCCACUGAUGCAGACCUUUGGAACAUAUACAUUUUUAAAAGUCUAAUAAAUCCAUUUAAUAUAGCCUACACCAUAACAAUAAAUCCAUUAUUUAUUUUAGACAGGUCUUGAUAUGAAGAAAAUUUAAAAAACAAAGAAACUGUCUCAAAGUCGCAAGCUGCACACACUUCAUCAGUCUCUCAUUCACAAUUUGACAAGAACUUGAUAAUAUUCUCACCAGGCCUUGAUUUUCCCGACGGCAUCCCCCUUGUGUGGCCGUAAUGCCCCCUAAAAAAUCCAUGCCUUUUGUGGCCGUUGUGCCCUUGGGCUGGAUAUAAUAGGCUAAUUAUAAUUCCCUUCACCCAGCUGCCAUGCUCCGAAGCACCUCUCACAUGUAGCCAAUGCCCGUCACGUGAUCGGGUCCUUCUCACAGGCAUUUCAGCUACAAGUAGGCUACAAGUGAAUGAAGACAGACACAUCGGGGACACAACUGCACACGUCCCUCUUAUCAAAUUCCGAGGCGCAUAUUGAAGAUGUUAGAACUGUCUACAUUUAGCCUACCUUUCGAUGAGUAGGCCUGACAAACAGCAAAAGCACUAGCCUAUGUCAAUCUACUAUCCCCCAUAGUACAAAAGUUGACCUAUUCUGUUGGUCAACUUCUCCUUCUGUGCAAUAAAAAAAUAUUCCAAACAUACUCUGGGACAGUUGUGGGAUGCGAUAGAUCCCAAAUUAAUACAACCACUUGCAUCAGAAAACCUUUUAAAAGCAAUGAGGCUGAUCGUUUAGCUUAAAAUGUUGAUAAACUAUUAGGCUAUUUCUUCACACGGCAGUAGGCUAUAAGCGCGAAUGUUCCAAAAUGCAAUCAAUUAGCGGGAAAACACUUUUCUCGAAAGUGACAGCAAACGUGAUUAUGCAUGUAAUGCUUAAUUAUAAAGGUGCAUUUUUAUGGUGAAAAUGAUCUUCCCCAAACAUAAAAUGUCACGCGCAGCGUAUGUAUGCCAGUUAGGCUCUACACCGGUUAUAAAGCGGAUUAAUGUACUUAAUUUUAAGAAGUUAUUUGGCCACUUUAGUUGUGAUACAAACCUUAUCAAAACAUAGAGGCCUAUGGGCUAGGCGGGAUACAUGAGGUGUGCGACCAUGAUGUGAAAAAGUCGCCAAGAAAAGGUAUGUGCAGUUUCUUGCCUUAAUGCACAAGCUGGGCGAUAUUCACAAGUGAUAAUAAAUCAUUCACAAGUGAUAGGCUAAUAUUGUCACCCAUCAGACUAUUCUUAAUUUAAUGUUGUCUUUACAUAUACUCAAUAAUAUAAGUGUGAUAUUAGUUUUGAUUUAGAAUGGACCAUUAUAAUGCACCUGUCUCGGAAUAGGGGCAUGGGGGGAAAAACAAGUAAUCUAUGAACUUAAAUAGCGAAUGGAGGACACUUUUCCCAUGGUUCAUUAUCAUGCCAGCCAGGUAGGCUACACUCCUGUUGUAAAGCGAAGCAAUGUGCUUAAUAUUAGGAAAGUUGAGAUAGAGAUAUAGUAGGCCUAGCCUAUAGAAAGCUGACGGGAUCCUCCUCUUUUUAAUAGAGGCCAUUAAAACUCUGUUUUCUCACGUAAUUGCAUAGCCUAUAGAAAUGUUGCGCAACAUGAGCUCAUGGGCUCACAUGAAGUGUUUCAUUAGAUUUUCGAUUACAUUUUCAUUGAUGUCAGAGUGAACAAUAGAGUGCUGAGUACCAGGAAGUUAGCAAGUUUGGUAGGCUACUAAUGACCAUCAGCAGCAUCAGAGCUUGGAGAAGCCUAAUUACCGUGACUAAACGGUCACGUGGAAUUUGACUGCCGUCAUGACUCAUGACCGCCGGUAAUACGGUCACUGUAACAGCCCUAGGAGCAACAACGGCUCAGCCUCAAAGUGGUAGGCCACACAAGCUCACAGAACGGGACCGCCAUGUGCUGAAGCACAUAGCGCGUUGCAACAUUCACUACCGAGUUCCAAACUGCUUCUGGAAGCAACGUCAGCACAAGAACUGUUCAUCGGGAGCUUCAUGAAAUGGGUUUCCGUGGCCGAACAGCCGCACACCAGCCUAAGAUCUCCAUGCGCAAAUCCAAGCGUCGGCUGGAGUGGUGUAAAGCUCGCAGCCAUUGGACUCUGGAGCAGUGGUAACGCGUUCUCUGGAGUGAUGAAUCACGCUUCACCAUCUGGCAGUCCGAUGGACGGUUUGGCAGAUGCCAGGAGAAUGCUACCUGCCCGAAGGCAUAUUGCCAACUGUCAAGUUUGGUGGAGGAGGAAUAAUGGUCUGGGGCUCUUUUUCAGCGUACAAUUACAUUCUAGAUGAUUCUUUGCUUCCAACUUUGUGACAACAGUUUGUGGAAGGCCCUUUCCUGUUUCAGCAUGACAAAGCAAGGUCCAUACAGAAAUGGUUUGUCGAGAUCGGUGUGGAAGAACUUGACUGGCCUGCCAGAGCCAUGACCUCAAACCCAUCGAACACCUUUGAGAUGAAUUGGAACGCCGACUGUGAGCCAGGCCUAAUCGCCCAACAUCAAUGCCCGGCAUAACAAAUGCUCUUGUGGCUGAAUGGAAGCAAGUCCCCGCAGAAUGGAAGCAAGCCUUCCCAGAAGAGUGGAUGCUGUUAUAGCAGCAAAGGGGGGACCAACUCCAUAUUAAUGCCCAUGAUUUUGGAAUGAGAUGUUCGACGAGCAGGUGUCCACAUACUUUUGGUCAUGUAGUGUAUGCAUGAAACACACACUUACCCUCUUGUAUCAAUUGAUUCAUGUGUUCUUCUGUGUGUGCAGUUUCACUUUAACCCGGCCCAGUCGGUGCUGGUGAUGGAGGGAGAGGACCUGGAGAGUAUCAACACAGCCAUGACCAAGGUCUCCUACAUCAACUCACGCCAGUUCCCCACAGCAGGCCUCAGACGGCUACACAUCACCACCACCGUACAGUGAGUACAGACCCCAACAAUGUGUAUGCGCACGCACGCACACACACAAUUAAUCUGUCUCACAUACACGUUCACAUUCCUCAAUCUCUCUCACUCUCACACAUACAGAAACAUGUAUUGUACCCAGCCAUACACUUAAUCCCCUUUGAAAUAGGUCACAGAGACACAUACAAGUAUCAUUUGUGUACAUGCAUUUCACACAGUGGAGGCUCCUCAGAGGAGGAAGGGGAGGACCAUCCUCCUCAGUGAAUUUCAUAAAAAAUAUAAAUUGUGGAACAUUCAAAAAGUGAUCCUUUUUAAGGUGGCACAACCAGUUAUUGAGUGUAUUUUACGUAGUAUUUCUUUUUCACUUUCACUUUCACUUAAAGAUGCACUAUAUAGCAAUCACUCCUCCAUUUCCUUCUUACUAAAUUUCUAAUAGUUCACUUAAUUUCAGUUUAUGUGACAAAACAAGCAAGUAUAGUGUAGAGAAUCAUUGUACCAUCUAAACUGCUGUGAAAUAUAUUUUCCAUAACCAAAAAUGUUGUAUUUUCAGCUGUUUGGAGCUGGUGUACAAAACCGAAAGUAAAAGACGCAAAAACGAAAUGUAAGAAUGGGAAGCAUAGAAAUAGCACACAUAGAACAGAUCUACCGCUUCUUAGACUUGCUUUCAAUGACAAUGACAGAUCUAUAACACACAUUUUUAUGUGAACUUGGUCAGAUCGCCCAAAAAGUUAAAUAUUGCAGCUAGUUUAGCCUACUCAAACACCUGGCUCAAACACCCUUCUCAAACAGAGAGGGGUGUUUUGUUUGCUAGCUGGCUAUGGCUAUCCAACUCUGUAACUCUUCCAAGUCAAGGUAAGCUUUUGGUUUUAUAAAUGUAUUGCCACCGGGGGCCUGCCGGUGUAAUUGCUAAACCACUUGCUGUACACUGUACUACAAGAUUGUAGCAGAUUUACUAACACGUUAGUUUUAGUAGCUAUGCUGAUUAUGACGUUAACUAAUAUGUUGGCAACAAUGUAGGCUGUGUGUAGCAGUUAGUGGUUAUGGUAUGAAGGUUUGGCUUGUAAAGGUUUUUUCGCCUGGUUACAGAAUAGUGGGUAGAUGUGAGAAGGAAUUCUACAAAGAGCAAAGAGAUCAUGCUGUUUGUAUGUGGCUGCUAUGAAAGUGAACCGUGUUCGGGGUGAUCAACAGUGUAUUCAUUCUGCCGAUUCUGUUAAAACAUACCUGAAUUUGUCAAAUAUAAACUCGUUUGCAACUGUUUUCACUGGACAAAUGAUUACACCCUAGAUCAGCUAGAUGCAGGCAAGAGUGUGCAAGGCGGUAUUGAAUGUGUCACUGUCUGUCCUUCAUUGCUACAAUUUUUCUCUCUUCCUGUGCACCUACAUUGUAAACUUUCAUUCGUAGGGUAGGUUGUAGCAACCUCAUGAUGGGUAUAGGGGAAAUUCAAGUAUCAUACAGUUGAAAUCGGAAGUUUACAUACACUUAGGUUGGAGUCACCACUCCAAAAAUGUCUAGUUAACAAACUAUAGUUUUGGUAAGUCGGUUAGGACAUCUACUUUGUGCAUGACACAGUAAUUUUUCCAACAAUUGUUUACAGACAGAUUAUUUCACUUAUAAUUCACUGUAUCACAAUUCCAGUGGGUCAGAAGUUUACAUACACUAAGUUGAGUGUGCCUUUAAACAGCUUGGAAAAUUCCAGAAAAUGAUGUCAUGGCUUUAGAAGCUUCUGAUAUGCUAAUUGACAUCAUUUGAGUCAAUUGGAGGUGUACCUGUGGAUGUAUUUCAAGGCCUACCUUCAAACUCAGUGCCUCUUUGCUUGACAUCAUGGGAAAAUAAAAAUAAAUCAGCCAAGACCUCCACAAGUCUGGUUCAUCCUUGGGAGCAAUUUCCAAACGCCUGAAGGUACCACGUUCAUCUGUACAGACAAUAGUACGCAAGUAUAAACACCAUGGGACCACACAGCCGUCAUAACGCGUUCUGUCUCCUAGAGAUUAACGUACUUUGGUGCAAAAAGUGCAAAUCAAUCCCAGAACAACAGGACCUUGUGAAAAUGCUGAAGGAAACAGGUACAUAAGUAUCUAUAUUCACAGUAAAACGAGUCCUAUAUUGACAUAACCUGAAAGGCCGCUCAGCAAGGAAGAAGCCACUGCUCCAAAACCGCCAUAAAAAAGCCAGACUACGGUUUGCAACUGCAUAUGGGGACAAAGAUUGUACUUUUUGGAGAAAUGUCCUCUGGUCUGAUGAAACAAAAAUAUAACUGUUUGGCCAUAAUGACCAUCGUUAUGUUUGGAGGAAAAAGGGGCCUACUUGCAAGCCGAAGAACACCAUCCCAACCGUGAAGCACGGGGGUGGCAGCAUCAUGCUGUGGGGGUGCUUUGCUGCAGGAGGGACUGGUGCACUUCACAAAAUAGAUGGCAUCAUGAGGAAGGAAAAUUAUGUGGAUAUAUUGAGGCAACAUCUCAAGACAUCAGUCAGGAAGUUAAAGCUUGGUCGCAAAUGGGUCUUCCAAAUGGAUAAUGACCCCAAGCAUACAUCCAAAGUUGUGGCAAAAUGGCUUAAAGACAACAAAGUCAAGGUAUUGGAGUGGCAAUCACAAAGCCCUGACCUCAAUCCUAUAGAACAUUUGUGGGCAGAACUGAAAAAGCGUGUGCGAGCAAGGAGGCCUACAAACCUGACUCAGUUACACCAGCUCUGUCAGGAGGAAUGGGCCAAGAUUCACCCAACUUAUUCUGGGAAGCUUGUGGAAUGCUACCCAAAAUGUUUGACCCAAGUUAAACAAUUUAAAGGCAAUGCUACAAAAUACUAAUUGAGUGUAUGUAAACUUCUGACCCACUGGGAAUGUGAUGAAAGAAAUAAAAGCUGAAAUAAAUCAUUCUCUCUACUAUUAUUCUGACACUUCACAUUCUUAAAAUAAAGUGGUGAUCCUAAAUGAUCUAAGACAGGGAAUUUUACUAGGAUUAAAUGUCAGGAAUUGUGAAAAACUGUAUAUCAACUGUAUAUUAGCCUAAACCUAUCAAUAUUACACAGAAACAAAAACAGCAGAGGUAAACAAAUGCUGCUAUCUGGGGAAAGUGGGGAAAGAGAGAAGGGAUUAAAGGGGAAAGUGUUUUGAUGGAGUGACAGUGAGAGAAAAUAGAGAAUCUACUGAGUUAAAGGAACUUUGAACUGCAUGUCCUCAGGUCAGUGUGUGUGUGUGUGUGCGCGCUUUACGGUGCAUGGUGUGUGCACAUCCGAGGCUCUGCUUUUGCUCUGUAUGUGUCCUCAGGGUCAGUGUGUGUGUGUACGUCUGGCGUGGCCUCGAAAUCAGUGUCUAGUGUGUUCCAGGCUCUGUGUGUGUGUGCCCGUCUCAGCCUGUCCUUUCUCCGUGUCUGAUAUGCUAAUCAGAGUCGCUUCCCUCUCUUUAUCUCUCCCCUCGUUAAUGGCUGAGAGGACAGCCGAGUUGCCGUGGCGCCCCGGUUGCCGUGGAGCUGUGUUAGCCUGGGCCGACGUGGCAGUAGCUGAGGAUGAGGAAAUGAAUGAGGCCAUGAAAGGCAAUCUGCUGUGUCAGGGUUUCUCACGCCAGAGAGCACUACGAGAGGGAAGGUUGAUCAUUAGAGGAAUAUAGCGCUGUUAAGACUGACUGGGUGGGUGACUGGCUGGCUAGUUUUCUGUCUACCUCUCGCUCACUAUCCUUCUCUCUCUCUUUAUCCUCUCUCUUUAUUUCUCUCCUACUCCUCUAGUCACCAUUUCAAGAACAAAGAAUUGGAUAUUAGUACUUCUUGUUGGUGUGAGGGCACUUGGUUUAGAAAGGAAAACGUAACAUCAUACAGUAUCUGUAACAGCUCAUGUGUUUGCGCCAUUACCUAAUGGGAAAGAUAAAGGAAGAAAUGGUAUGCUGAGAGUGUGCGGUCUUAAAGGAGUUAAUGAAAUGUAUUGGUAAAGAAAUACAGGCCCAAAACAAGAGAGGAAGUGAGAGUGGAAGAAUGGAGAGAAAGAACGAGAUUGAUCGUGUGAUUUUUAUAUUAGAUUUAUUUUACCCUUAUUUUAUCAGGUAAGUUGACUGAGAACACGUUCUCAUUUACAGCAACGACCUGGGAAAUAGUUACAGGGGAGAGGAGGAGGGAUGAAUGAGCCAAUUGGAAGCUAUAGGGGAAUGAAAUUAACUGCCAAACAAAGGUAGGCCCAAAUAAGAAUGAGAAAGGAAAGGAUGGAGAGAAAAGGUGAAAAAGGUGUGUGUGUGUUCUGUUCACAGUUAAGCAGUAAGGGGGGUCGGCCAAAUCAAAAUGGACUUGUGUGAUGGAUAGUGGACUCCUGCCACAGGAGCUGUAAUAGGUUUAGUCUAACUCAGGAGAACUCAGAGCACUGCCUUGUAUAAAGAGAGAUGGCCCAUCCUAUUAAGCAGGCACUUUAAUGCUCCAUACGACAAGAGGCCCUGGCUGCAUCCCAAAUGGCACCCUAUUCUCUAGUUAUUGGGCUCUGGUCAAAAGUAGUGUACUAUGUAGGGAAUAUGGUGUCAUUUGGGACGCAACCCCUUAAUAGUGUUGCUGGUCAGAUGGCAUUUAUUUAGCGAGAGCCUUAGUUUAGUGUGGGGCACGCUACACCUCACAAACUUUGUUUAGCAGUUAUACUGAUGUUGUUAGGGGUAAUUGUUUGUGGAGUUACAGACGCAUGCAUGCAUGCAUGCACACACACACACAUUUCCCUAUCAGAGCCAGUUUGUUUGGUAGUUACGUAGCACAGCUAAUCACACACAACACACACUCUUCCUAGCCAUACAAAUACAGACAUCCCAUUACAAGCCAGUCUGUUAUGUAGUUAAGGAGAACAAUGUGUCUUAAUACGUGCUUCAUUUAGGCCUAGUCUUAAUGCAAGGAAUUUCCAAGGGAAAGCAGCCCAAACAGACCACGAAUGUGACACAUUUAUUUUUGCUAGUAAACCAGAAGCAGCAGACAGUUAUCAUAUAAACAAAAGACCGUUCUUAAUUACCGUGGGAACUUAAGUUAAUGAAUAAGUGAGUGAGUGAAGAGCACUUUUCACCAACCAUUGAAAAGCGUAAUUACUCAAGGCGUUAGGUGCCGGCGUUGGCAUUAAUCCUGAGAGACUUCACUCUGCUCCUCUCAAACUGUAAUGAACCUGGACGAUGGCCAGGUUGUUUUACCCAGACUGCCUGGGUGAUAGGACAGCUCCUAGCUCUGGGUAGAAGGUGCCCUUAGGAUCUACUGAACAAAAAUAUAAAUGCAACAUGCAACGAUUUCAAAGAUUUUACUGAGUUACAGUUCAUAUAAGGAAAUCAGUCGAUUGAAAUAAAUUCAUUAGGACCUAAUCUAUGGAUUUCACAUGACUAGGCAGGGGCGCAGCCAUGGGUGUGCCGGGGAGGACAUAGGCCCACCCACUGGGGAACCAGGUCCAGCCAUUCAGAAUGAGUUUUUCCCCAAAAAGGGCUUUAUUACAGACAGAAAUACUCCUCAGUUUCAUCAGCUGUCCGGUUGGCUGGUCUCAGACGAUCCCGCAGGUGACGAAGCCGAAUGUGGAGGUCCUCGGCUGGCGUGGUUAAACGUGCUCUGUGGUUGUGAGCCCGGUUGGACAUAAUGCCAAAUUCUCCUAAACAACGUUGGAGGCGGCUUAUGGUAGAGAAAUUAACAUUCAAUUCUCUGGCAACAGCUCUGAUGAACAUUCCUGCAGUCAGCAUGCCAAUUGCACGCUCCCUCAAAAUUUGAGACAUCUGUGGCAAUGUGUUGUGUGACAAAACUGCACAUUUUAGAGUGGCAUUUUAUUGUCCCCAGCACACAAGGUGCACCUGUGUAAAGAUCAUGCUGUUUAAUCAGCUUCUUUAUAUACCACACCUAUCAGGUGGAUGGAUUAUCUUGACAAAGGAGAAAUGCUCACUAACAGGGAUGUAAACAAAUUUGUGCACAACAUUUGAGAGAAACAAGCUUUUUGUGUGUGUUAAACAUUUCAGUGAUCUUUUAUUUCAGCUCAUGAAACAUGGGACCAAGACUUUACAUGUUGCGUUUAUAUUUUUGUUCAGUAUAUAUCACAGAUCUAGGAUCAGCUUACCCUCCCCAAGUCGUAAUCUGUUAUGGAUAACUGCAAAACUGAUCUUAAAUCGGUGUCUAGGGGCAACUUCGUCAGAGUUUCUGCUCUAUAGUCUACUGCCUUCAUCUUCAACAGUAGUUACUUUGAAAGGAGAGAAUGGCCUGUCCAGAAACAAGUCCUUGCCCCUAAUGCUUGGUUGUUGUUUCUACACUCUUAUUCCACUUAGUCUCAUAGAGUUACAAGCUUUGACCAAGAACUAUUACAUUGAUUAGAUUGAAAGUUAUUUUUUCCAUCAGUGAAUGUAGUAAUAUCUCAUUAAAUGUUUCUUUGCUUGGGGUUACGCUUCAUGUCAACCGUGGGCUGAGAAAGAGUUAAAUUGUGUUGAUGAGAAAAUGUGAUAAUUAGUGUGUGUUUAUAUCAUAUCAGGCCAUUUAUAGGAUAAACAGAGAGAGAGUGUGCCUGCGUGGGUGGGUGCAUGUCCAAGAGUGUGUUAUUGGAAAUGGGCAACUUGGGGCCAUCUGUCUGAAAACAGCAUCACUCCCCAAAAAAUCUGAAAUGCUGCAGAGUCCUUUGCCAACAGAGACAACUUGCGAUCACAAUUGGACAAAUAUUGGAAGUCCACUAUCAUAAUCUGUCCCUACAGUAUCUGUCUAACAUCUCUGAAAUUAAAAUGAAAAGUGCCCAGUCAUUCAUUGCUAGGACCAGAAAGAGUAUGUACAGUAGUCUGUAUUCUCUUGGGUGGAAGCACAAAUUAAUGGUGACACACAAUGUAAUCUAUUCCAUUUUCGAUUCCAAUAUGAUAUCAGAUGGUAGUGAUGUUCCCCUAGUCUUUCUUACCCUGUUAUUCCUUAUCUGAAGGCCAAUUAUCUACAAAAACUCCCCUGGCCAGAACAAUUAUGACCUGAAGAAAAGAAAGUGCACUUUAUGCAUUAUCUGUCAAGACAUACGCUAAUGUCUAUCUCCAUUUUCUUCUCCUUUUCCCCUCUUCUUCACCCUCCCUCUCUCCUGUUGUUUUUGGGUGCUCAGGUGUUUCGGGGAGGAUACAUGCAUCUCCAUCCCAGACAUUAAGGCAGUAGUAAUAGUCCUGCCACCAAGCGAGCCACGGAUCACCAUCACUGGUUCAGAUCGACUCGUCAAGCCUUCCUCCGACCUGCGUGGAGCCAUGGGCGUGGCACCCUUCAAGGAGCUGCGCAUCACCAGCACUGUAACCAAGACCGACGGUGUGCCGUUCAGCGCAGGUGGGUGAGGUGGUUACCAUGGAUACGUGUUGAUAUAGCAUGGCGUUGAAAAAGUGAGUGUGUGAGCAUUCAUGUCUGUGUUGGAUUGUGUGUCUGUGUGUGUGUGUGCGUAUAGUCCACAGGCCUGGUGUUCUGGAGGUUAUGCACAACCUGGAUUACUGUGAUGUCCUGGUGAUCGGAGAGGAGCUCAACCCAGAGCACGAGAGUCUGGAGAUUCACCACAGCUCCCUAAUGGGGAAACACCUGGACGCCACAAACUCCACCUCAGGCAUCUCCAUAUAUGGUAUGCACUUCAAUUUAUGACGCAUUAUUCAUAUCACACUUUUCAUACAUAAACAUAAAUUCCUUGUUGUGUGUCACCUGCUUGGUAAUGGUAUGAGAAGCUCUAGAAGAUAUUAGAGCUGGGCCCAGCACUGAGCCCUGAGGGACACCAUCUAUAUAUGGCUGGAAACACCAGGGACACCUUUGAUAAUAAUACCUUUUCCCCAGGUGUGGACUCCAUGGCCCACUAUGAGGAGGCCCUCAGGCAGGUGCGCUACAGGAACUGGCGCCCGGCGAUCCUGACUAACAGGAGGUUCAGGCUCACCUGCUCCGAGCUCAACGGCCGCUACACCAGCAACGAGUUUAAUCUGGAGGUCAGGGAAGAAACUUUACCUAUCUUUCCUUUUCUAUUUCACCCCUUUCACACUCACACUCUCUAUUCUCCCAUAUCUCCAACACUGCCACUCCUCUGUCUUCCUGCCUCUUUCUACACCCCUCUCUCCAUUUCUCUCACCCUUCACAACUCAGUCUCUCCUCCCAUUUCUGCACCGUCACUUAUCAACCAGACCCAUUUACCCUUUAUCUCACCGGUCUAUCUUUCUCUAAAUCAUUAUCAUCUCCAUACUGACUGAUAUGUUCUUUGUCCCGCCCCCAGGUUAGCGUCCUCCACAACUCAGCACCCAUAGAGCAUGUCAAUCACAUGGCUGUCCAAUCCCAGUACAUGCGGCCUGUGCAUCAUCCACUAAUGGUGCACACUCUCAAUUCCCACAUCUCAGGUAAGGCACCCAGCAGCGUUCACCCACACAUACCCACAACCACACACUCACACACACACGGUGAGGACAUGGCCCUGCUACUAUCAGAGGCUUGAGAGUGUGUUUUGUUGAACUGGAGGGGGAUCCAGAUUAGGCUAAACCAGGGAUCAUCAGCUAGAUUCAGCCAUGGGCCGAUAUUUUCUUGAGCGGAUGGUCAGGGGGCCGGGACAUAAUUAUAAAUAAUUAGUAGACUGCAAAUUGACCACAAGAAGCCCAAACAAUCAUUUCAAACCUUGUGAUCACAGAUUAUGUGUGUGAAUACUUUGGAACAGAUUUCCAAAAUUAAAAUAGCUUUUUUUGCUCUGAAAACUUGGGGAGCCAAGUAAAAUCACCCGCAAGCUUAAUUUGGCCUGCGGCCCGCCAGUUGUAGAACCCCAGGCUAAGCCUUCAGAUUAUACACACACAGACACACGCUGUCUCUCUCUCCCUCUCUCUGUGUCACACACACACACACACACACACACACACACACACACACACACACACACACACACACACACACACACACACACACAGGACUGAGUGAUCUCCCAAAGGUAGGGAGGACACAGCAAAUUUUGUAAUUCAGGUGAACUUACCCUUUAAACACUCUUCUCCCCCACAGGCACCUCUCCAGCUGCCACGGUGGUGAUAGUGAUCUGUAUCGCCGCCCUGGUGGUCAUAGUGGUGCUGGGCAUCUAUAGGCUCCACAGUACCCACCAGGACGGCUCCAAGAGGGAGGAGGACGGGGCCAAGGACCCAGAGAUGGACUGGGACAACUCCACCCUCACCAUCACAGUCAACCCUAUGGAGGUGAGAGAACAUUAUACAAAGGAUGUCCCAAAGAAGGCAAUGUCAACUAUAUCAACUCGAUGGCACUUGAAAUGAUUUAAUAGGUCUAGGUCUAGUUGAAUGGCUAGGAGUUGAUUUGUGGUUGGGGUUUUAUUGCAUGUAUUGCGUUACAUUUAUUACAUUGACACUGUUUUGGUAUUAGAUUUAGAUUUUGGGUUUUGUAGCAAGGACAUUAUUUUUGUCCUUUAAUAAGUAAUAUUAUUCAUGAUCGCGUACAGCUAAGGCCAGAUAGCACCUGCAGGGAGGUUUUCUGAUCAACAGCUACAUAUUUGAAGAGUAAUUCAGUGUUCCACUUUCUCCUGUCCUGUAGCAUAUCGGAGGGCCUCAGGCGGUGGAGGAGGAGGUAAGAGAGGAAGAGGAAGAUGAGGAUGAUGAAGAGGACGAUGAGCAGGCAGGCGACAUGAGUGCAGAGUCAGGCGACAGUGAUGAAACAGAGGAGGAAGAGGAGGAGGAUGAGAGGGAAGUGAAGAAGGAGGGAAAGCAGAAGAGCAAGCUGGAAUGGGAUAGCUCUUCGAUAACAUAUUGAUCUCUCACACAUAUACACAAACCUACAUAUUAUACAGAAUCUGCUGAAAGUCAGUCACAAUCAGUUGUUAAAACGGCACAUUUUUAAUGAAAUGUUGCUCUCUUCUGGUCAAACUAAGGCAUUACAACUAAUGCCAGUGGAGCUGAUUUCUCCGAUUUUGGUAUAACUAAUCGUUCCUAUUUAAGACUGCCAUUGACAACACAAUAGGGCCAAUUUAAAACUUGCACAAGCACAUUUCCACCUUAUAUCCAAUGGCUCGUUCAUCUGUUGAAUUAUUUCUGGGUUUGGACACAAAAAAUUGGACACCACAUUUUCCCCGUUAUGUAUCUCAAUUGCUGUUGAUACUAAUACAAAAAGAUAUUGGAAUGCGUUCAUUGUAAAUUGUAUGUCCCCUCUUUAGCAU